CUCAGGCUCUUUUCGCAAACGCACACAUUCACACACACCAUUUUCACAACAUCGUACUUAUCGCCUCUCCUUCGCUUUCGCUUUCGCUCUCGCUCUCUAUCUCUUUGGAUCCGCCAUGCAAGCUCUUCAAUCUUCGUCUCUUCGUGCUUCUCCUCCGAAUCCACUUCUAAGGCCUUCGAAUCGACAGUCGCAUCAGAUUACCAAUGCGAGACCCACGAGGAGACGCUCGUUCAUUUCCGCAUCAGCCGCUGUUUCCGCUCCCAAACGCGAGACGGAUCCGAAGAAACGUGUUGUGAUUACCGGUAUGGGUCUCGUUUCUGUGUUUGGGAACGAUGUCGAUGCUUACUACGAGAAAUUGCUUUCCGGUGAGAGUGGAAUCAGCUUGAUUGAUCGAUUCGACGCCUCCAAGUUCCCGACUCGAUUCGGUGGCCAGAUCCGUGGGUUUAGCUCCGAAGGUUACAUCGAUGGGAAGAAUGAGCGUAGGCUUGACGAUUGCUUGAAGUACUGCAUUGUCGCUGGGAAGAAGGCUCUUGAGAGUGCCAAUCUUGGUGGCGAUAAGCUUAACACGAUUGAUAAGCAGAAAGCUGGAGUACUAGUUGGGACUGGUAUGGGUGGUUUGACUGUAUUUUCAGACGGUGUUCAAGCUCUGAUUGAGAAAGGCCACAGGAGAAUAUCUCCAUUUUUUAUUCCUUAUGCCAUUACAAACAUGGGUUCUGCUUUAUUGGCGAUUGAUCUUGGUCUUAUGGGUCCAAACUACUCGAUCUCAACCGCUUGUGCAACCUCCAACUACUGCUUUUACGCUGCUGCGAACCACAUUCGUCGUGGUGAAGCUGAUAUGAUGAUUGCUGGUGGAACCGAGGCUGCCAUUAUUCCCAUUGGGUUGGGAGGUUUUGUUGCUUGCAGGGCUUUGUCACAGAGAAAUGAUGACCCUCAAACCGCUUCAAGGCCAUGGGAUAAACAGAGAGAUGGCUUUGUCAUGGGUGAAGGAGCUGGUGUUCUGGUGAUGGAAAGCUUGGAACAUGCGAUGAAACGUGGUGCUCCAAUUGUAGCAGAAUAUCUUGGAGGUGCUGUUAACUGUGAUGCUCAUCAUAUGACUGAUCCAAGAGCUGAUGGGCUUGGUGUGUCUACAUGCAUUGAGAGCUGCCUUCAAGAUGCCGGUGUAUCACCCGAGGAGGUAAAUUACAUCAAUGCGCAUGCAACUUCCACUCUUGCCGGUGAUCUUGCUGAGAUUAAUGCCAUUAAAAAGGUAUUCAAGAGCACUUCAGGGAUCAAAAUCAAUGCAACCAAGUCUAUGAUUGGUCACUGCCUCGGUGCAGCUGGAGGUCUUGAGGCCAUCGCCACCGUGAAGGCUAUCAACACUGGAUGGCUUCAUCCUUCAAUCAACCAAUUUAACCCAGAACCAGCCGUGGACUUUGACACCGUCGCUAAUGAGAAGAAGCAGCACGAGGUUAACGUUGCCAUUUCAAACUCGUUUGGGUUCGGUGGACAUAACUCAGUGGUGGCUUUCUCUGCCUUCAAACCCUGAUUUUUCAGACCCAUUAGAUUCUCUGCCCCAUCUGUUACAUCAUCAUCAUCGAUCAUCCAUCACCAAUCAUCGUCCUUGCAGCUUCUUGGUUCACAAGUUGGAGCUCUUUCUCUGGCCAUUUACGUUUCAUUCAGCUUUUUGUUUCUUAUUGUUAUUGAGCUGUUGAGAUUUCAGAUUUUGCUUCUUCCCUCUUGUAAGGAAUGUUUGUAUCUUAGUUCGUUCCAUAUUUGCCUAAUUUAUAAACUGAACUAAGAAUCUUUGUAGUAACGGUGUUAGUGUCAGAAUAAAAUCCAAUUAGGGGAUUUUUCAUUUA